AUGCCCGCCAACCAGUGCCUCGUUGAAUACGGCUUCAACUACCUCGCCAACGAUCUCGGCAACAUGACUUCUUCGUCUCCUGACGAUUGCUGUGCCGAGUGCGUGAGCACAGACGGGUGCAGGGCCUACUCGUGGACUGGUAACGCGGAGGGUAACGCGGAUGGCAGCGGCACGUGCUGGUUCAAGACUGGUCGUGGCACCGUCGUCGCUGAUGAAUACGUCCACUCGAGCGAGGACUGCUGCGAUAUCUGCUCGGGCUUCCCCGGGUGCCGCGCCUACACGUUCAGCCCCUACGCUGGCGGCACUUGCUGGCUGAAGAGUGAGAAGGGACUGACCGUUGUCAACCCCGAGACGACAUCAGCGCAAGUCUUCCUCGAGGCGCCUUCGUGCGGCAUCGAAUACGGCGUCGAGUACCUCGGCAACGAUAUUGGCUUUCACCUCGCUGAGCAGCCCGACGAUUGCUGCGACCUAUGCAGCGACUGGGAGGGCUGCCAGGCGUGGUCGUGGGUCUGGGUCGAAGGCCAGGGAGGCACUUGCUACUUCAAAAACCGUGCCAACGAGUGGAUCCACUCUGGACAGGUGCGGGCGAAUCCUGUGUCCCCGAGCUGUGUGCUCGAGCUAGACGUGGACUACAUCGGUAACGACAUCGGCGACGAGUGGAGCGGCGACCCGUACGCCUGCUGCUCCAUGUGCAUGACCAUUGAGGGCUGCAAUGCGUUCUCGUGGACGGAUUACAAUGGCAGCACGUGCUGCUUUAAGAGCGCCAAGGGCGAGGCGGUGGGGAGCGUCGGCAUUCACUCGGCUAUUGUCUAG